AUGGACGCCCGCGGAGGAGCCACGCCUCAAGCAAGAUGCGAGAUGCCGGCAACAGCUGGGGCUGAGAUUGCCAAGACCUUCCCCACUCGCACCAAGGGCAGUGUCAAGAAGCACUGGUACAAGGACAUGCACUACGCCGAGUUUGCCGAGGACGAGAGCCAAGCUCUCCUCAACGCCAUCAAGGAGUACGAGAGCAACAAGUGGAAGGUCAUUGGGCAGAAGGUCGGCAAGCCGGCCAAGGCCUGCGAGCAAUACGCCAAAGAGCACUUCCCAGGUAUGCCUCAGCUUGGCAUUAACAAAAAGCCUUGA